AUGAACGGGAGUCGACAGAUGGAACUCCACUACAUAAACACCGGAUACCCAUACACCAUGACCGAGAGCUUCAUGGAUUUUUUCGAAGGCCUGACAUACGCUCAUGCUGAUUUUGCUCUUGCAGAUGCCUUCCAGGAUCAGGCCAAUCCAUACUGGACAAUGACGCAAACAAACUCGUAUAAGUACGGAUAUUCUGGUGCAGGAAAUUACUACAGUUAUGGGCAUGUGUAUGACAUGAAUGAUUACAUGCAUAGAGCAGAUGCUGGACGCAGAGUUUGGGAUAAUCCCAUUCCUGUAAGCAAUACUGACUCCCCCAAUGUAGUCCUGCAGGGUGGUGAGGCUCCUCAUGCAAAUGCAAAUUCUACUACAGAGGAACGUAUCCAAACACCAGUGCACCAAAAUUCAAGCAGCCCGCAGGCUGUUUGGCAAGACAACAUCGAUCCUGACAACAUGACAUAUGAGGAAUUGUUGGAUUUGGGCGAGGCAGUUGGAACCCAAAGUCGUGGUCUCUCCCAAGAAAGCAUUGCUUCACUUCCGGUCACAAAAUACAAGUGUGGUUUCUUCUCGAGGAAGAAAGCACGCCGUGAAAGGUGUGUAAUCUGCCAAAUGGAGUAUAGGAGAGGGGAUCUGCAGAUGGCACUGCCCUGCAAGCAUGUUUACCAUGCCAGCUGCGUGACAAGAUGGCUUAGCAUCAACAAGGUAUGUCCUGUUUGCUUUGCUGAAGUUCCCGCUGAGGAGCCCAAGAUGAAAUGAGUUAUUGCAAUUAACCACGAAGUUCUGGCGCUCGGACUCGCAGCACCACCAUGCCACCAACUGAUGCAUGAUUUGUCCCCUCUUCCUUUUAGAGUUGUAUAUUAGUACCAGAUCACCAGAUAUAGGUUAUAAGCAGAUGUAGCUGGAAGCUGUAACCCGCUUCCGAGAGGUUUGCCGUAGACUGUAGAGUUUGACCGUGAACCAUAACCAACG